AUGUCCAGUGGAAUACUACAGCCAGUUCAGGGUUUCAUUGAAGGAGAAAGAAGAUCAGAUCCAGGCACAAAGAAUUUUGCUUGUCCCAAAGGCUUCUCAGCUCUAGUCAAAUAUUUUUUAGCACAGGCAGAGCCAGUAGAAACCAGAUAUGGUGCUCGUGUUAUAAAUAUAAAGAAUGAAGCCACAAAUAAAUUACAGGUCUUUACUGAUUCUGGACACACAGAUGUUUUUGAUACAGUUAUCCUCACAAUGCCAGUACCUCAACUCUUCUUGAUUGAUGGAUGUAUUCAGGACAUAUUAGAAUCAAAGCCUGACUUAAAGAAGAAACUGCAGGCAGUGACAUAUUCAUCUCGUUUUUGCCUUGGUAUUUAUUAUCCACGUGGAACCCACUUGAAUAUACCUUGGACAGCCAAAUAUAUAGACGGUCAUCCUUGCAUCAGAUAUGUAUGUGUAGACAGUUGUAAAAGAGGAGCAGAUGAGGAUUUGGUUGGACCUUCGCUUUUGGUUCACACAAGUGUGCCAUAUUCCAUUCAGCAUGUGGAAGCAGAUAAAGAAGCUAUGAAACCAAUUUUGAUGGAAUUCCUAAAUGACUUGUUACCAAAUCUUCCCCAGCCAGAUUUCAUCAAAAGCCACAAAUGGCGAUAUUCUCAGGUAUCAAAAACCUUUGAAGGUAGCUCUGGCUGCAUCUCUCUUCUUGAUGAGCCACCGAUAUUAAUCGGUGGUGAUGCUUUCACACGGUCAAAGUUUGAUGGGUGCAUCCAAUCUGCAGAAACCCUUGUUUCUUUCAUCUUGAAAGGGAAUCUUCUCAAAGCAACUGGUAGCUGA